AACAGAUUUGAUUGAAGAUGAAGGGGAAUUGGUUGGAAUUGGAGUUGGAGAAGGGAAUUGGGGACGCCAUUUCUAGAACACGAUUCGCUCCUCACUCUAACAACCUCCUCAUUUCUUCGUGGGAUUCUAGUCUUCGACUUUACGACGUUGACGCUUCCCUCCUCAGACUCGAAGCUCCUUCGCAAGCUCCCCUUCUCGAUUGUUGCUUCCAGGACGACGCCGUUGCUUUCACUGCCGCUUCUGAUGGACGAAUCCGAAGGUAUGACUUGCAUUUAGGACUUAUUGAUACAGUGGGUAGCCAUGAUGAUAUAGCAACAUGUAUUGGAUAUUCCAAUGAAACGUGUCAGUUGAUCACAUCUGGAUUUGACAAGAAGCUAUUGUUGUGGGAUAUCCAUAUGAAGAAGGCUUCUUCGUGCUUGAGAAAUCUAGAUGCGGAGGUGGAUUCCAUGUGUGUCUGUGGAUUUAAUCUUACUGUAGCCAUUGGAGCUUCAGUGCAUGUUUAUGAUUUACGUAACUUUGACAAACCAGUUCAGUUAAAGGAGGCAUGCAAUGGCACGCAAUUAAGAUGCGUCAGUUCAGUUCCUUAUGCAGAAGGAUUUGCAGUUGGGUCUGUAGAUGGAAGAGUAGCAUUGCGGAUUUCCUUUUCAUCCAGUAAUGACAUUGGAUAUGUAUUCAGAUGUCAUCCAAAAUCAAAAGAUGGGCGCCAUUAUUUGGUAUCAGUGAAUGACAUCGCAUUCAGUCCACUUGUAUCUGGUGCUUUUGUCACUGGUGACAAUGAAGGCUAUGUUACCAUAUGGGAUGCCGGAAGUAGGAAAAGACUAGUUGAGUUGCCCAAGUACCCAAAUAGUGUUGCAUCCUUAUCUUACAACCACGUAGGACAGUUUCUGGCUGUAGCAUCAAGCUAUACUUACCAAGAAGCAAAUGAAAUAGAGGAACCACCUCGUGUAUUCAUCCAUAAAGUGGACAGCUUUGAUAUCGGAUCAACUUCUGCUGGAAGCAUAACGAUGUCGGACGAGGAACACCACUUCGAGUCAAAGGCUGAUGCCGGGGCAUCAAAGACAUUUCCCCAGCAAGCUGGAACCAUCCGCAAAAACGGUUACAUUGUCAUCAAGAACAGGCCAUGCAAGGUUGUGGAGGUUUCAACUUCCAAAACUGGCAAGCAUGGACAUGCAAAGUGUCACUUUGUUGGUAUUGACAUCUUCACUGGCAAAAAGCUUGAAGAUAUUGUCCCAUCUUCCCAUAACUGUGAUGUUCCUCAUGUCAAUCGCACUGACUACCAGCUCAUAGAUAUCUCAGAGGAUGGAUUUGUGAGUCUGCUGACUGAGACUGGUGGUACUAAGGAUGACCUGAGGCUUCCAACCGAUGAAAAUCUGCUUUCGCAGGUUACAGAUCAAGGUAAAGAUCUGGUUGUCACUGUUAUGUCUUCCAUGGGUGAGGAGCAGAUUUGUGCCCUUAAGGACAUUGGCCCCAAGUGAUAGACUUUGUCAAUUGAAUGAUGGAAAGCAGAAGUUAGAACUGAUACCCCACCUUUAUGUGUUUG